UCUCUCUCUCUGUUGCUCUCACUCACUCUGUUUCUUGGAAGAAAGAGUAACCGAAUUUCAGAAUAGAAAAAAAAAAUGUCUCUGCUACCUGCGUCUCGUGCAGAGACGAGAAGGAAAGUGUAUAAGAUUGGAAUUGACGCGGUGAAGAGUCGGAGAAGAAGAGAGGUCACCCUCAUGAAGAUCAGAAAGAGCAAGCGCGAAGACAAUCUCUUCAAGAAACGAAGGGAACAGGAACUUGACGACCUUCUUCAUAUUCCCUUUACCCUCAAUACGAUGCCAUUUGUUCCUGCUAUGGCACAAGGAGUGUGGUCUGAAGACUCUGCUACACAAUUGGAAGCAACUUAUAAAAUUAGAAACCUUUUAUCAUUUGUGUUGAAUGUAAAUGCUUCACUCAUUGAUGACGUAAUUAAGUCAGGUGUUGUUCCUCGCUUUGUUGAGUUCUUGGCAAGACAUGAUGCACCCCGAUUGCAGUUUGAAGCUUCAUGGAUUCUAACCAACAUUGCUUCUGGAACAUCUAAUCACACAAGAGUUGUCGUUGAACUUGGUGCUGUCCCCUUAUUUGUGCAGCUUCUGAGCUCUAGUACCGUUGAAAUCAGAGAGCAGGCAGUGUGGGCUCUAGGUAAUAUAGCUGGCGAUUCCCCACAGUGCAGAGAUUAUAUUCUUAGUGAGGGUGCUCUCUUGCCAUUAUUAUCUCAGUUGAAUCCACUUUCAAGCUUAUCUAUUAUGAGGAAUGCUGCAUGGACUUUAUCUAACUUUUGCCGUGGAAAGCCUUAUGUAGAUUUUGAACAGGUAAAGCUUGCGUUUCCUGUCCUUAAGCAACUUAUUCACUCGACCGAUGAAGAGAUUCUAACAGAAGUAUGUUGGACUCUCUGUUACCUUUCGGAGGACAUUGAUGGAAAAGUUCAAGCUGUACUUGAUGCAGGAGUUUGCCCACGACUUGUGGAGCUUCUGCAGCAUCAGUCAGAGUCUAUUCUUCUACCUACAAUUCGGAGUCUAGGAAAUAUUGUGUAUGGUGAUGAUGCUCAGACUCAGGUUCUAAUUGAUAGAGGAGUUCUCCCUUGUCUUCGCCAAAUUAUGAUGCAAAAUCACAAAAAAGGCAUCAUGAAAGAGGUUUGUUGGACAAUUUCAAAUAUCACAGCUGGAACUAAAGCUCAAGUGCAGGCUGUCCUUGAGGCCAAUAUUAUUCUUCCACUUGUUCGUCUUCUUCAUCAUGCCGAAUUUGAAGUCAAGAAGGAGGCUGCCUGGGCCAUCUGCAAUGCCACUUAUAUAGGAUCCCAUGAGCAUAUUAAAUUCCUGGUGAUUCAAGGUUGCCUUAAGCCACUGUGCGAUCUCUUAACCUGUCUGGAUCUAAAUGCUGUGACUCUUUGUCUAGAGGGGCUGGAGAACAUUUUGAAGGUUGGAGAAGCUGACAAGGAAAUGGGUCUGCAUGGUGGAACCAAUAUUUAUGCUGAAAUGGUUGAAGAAUAUGGAGGAUUGGAAAAGAUUGAAAGAUUGCAGAACCAUGACAACAAUGAAAUUUAUAAGCGGGCUGUGAGGAUUUUGGAGAGGUUUUGGGAUGAAGAAGAAUUGGAUGAGACGAAUGUUGAGAACAGUGAUGAUGCUAUUCAGCAAACUUUUUAUUUAGGGAUCAACCCACCUGACAUACCCGCAGGUGGUUUUAAUUUUGGAUCACAGUAA